AGACGCCUCUGCCUUUGCGGAAUACCUUCUUUAACCAUCCAUCCCCUUUCAAAUAUUUCAUCCGAGACAACACUCUUGGCUACAAACCUGCGGAAAUCGUCGACCUGAGCAUCUUGCGAGCUUUCGAGAUACCAACGAAGAAGAACUUCAAAGCCUAACUUCUUCAUCUAGGAGAUUAUUUAGCAUAACCUGACAAAAAGCAAACAGCAUGACAGAGAACAAAGAGGAAGGAGAUUUAAGUUUCUCGGCACUUCUCGUGUUUGGACAAUUAUACCACCCGGAGGUAGAAAACCCCAGGAAGUUCUUUAAGUUCACCAUGGCUGAUAUAUCGAAAGAUUCGCUGUAUAUUGAUGCGCUAGAGCCAGUUGACGUGGAACUUUUCAGUGAUGGUGCGGGAGAAGAUGACACUGUGCUCAUCUAUUCCGGAGCCUGUCGUAUUGGAAGUUGCUUAUACUUCGUGGGAGGUCUACGGCGCCAUGCUGCAAAAGAUGUAGGCGUGAUAGGUUAUGAUGAUGACGGUUCAAAUGCUAUUUGGUGCAUUGAUACUGCUGCUGCCACUGCAUCAGGUAGUCUUUGCUCUAAAACCAUCGCAUGCCCACCCACUGUUGAUCCCUAUCCCCUAGGAUAUCUGAUGCCAUUGGUAGUCCCCUAUGAUGGCAAGAUACUUAUCUUUUGUGAUAAGUGCCAAAGGUGUGCGCUCAAAAUUUAUGAUCCGCUUUUGAAUCAGUUCUCGGCUCGAACAAUCCCUGUAGAAUCAUUGCACGAGUAUGAGGUAUUUGACUCUUAUUUUCUGUGGAAUGACCCCAGGAAGCCUCUUCGUGAGAAGCCUUUGAUUAUGUUGUGCUCGAAUAGUUUAUUAAGUCGCACAGUUCACCUUCGUGCGUUUAAUUAUGAGUUGAACCAGUGGGAGACCUAUGACCACAACUUCCCUGUCACCUCUGAAAAGCUGGAAACUUGGACAUUUAAGCACCUCAUUCCUUUGGAAUAUGGCAGCUCAAGUCUUCUUCUAAUUAUUCUCCAGGCAGGUAUUUGGUCCCUUUACGAUUUGUUUUCCAAAAGCAUGGUGAUGGAAGAAUUGAAUGUGGCAGGCUUGCCACUCGACAGAGAAGUGCCACAUGCUUUCGCCCAGCAGUGCUAUGAUGGGAGCACAGUCAUACAUAUAUUCUUGGAUGGUGAGCGAGAUGAAUGGCCUGGUAAAUUGCAGUAUAUUGCGUAUGCAAAGGUCAGUCUCCAAUCCGAAGGGGACAAGUUUUCUGCCACGCUCCUGUCACGAUGUUCUAUUGAGACUGGUUUCUAUGUUCAGAGUUAUAUGUUUGUGGAGGACUCGUUUAAGAGUGCCGCAAAGGACAAGGAGACAACAGAGAUGGAGAAUGCCAAGGAAGAGGAGGAGGAGUAGGGGUGGACUCGGGCUGGGCGGCCCGCCCCGGAACCGGCCCGGCCCGCUCACUGUUUGAAUCGACCCGAACCGCCGGCCCGGCCAGGGACCGGUCCGGGUAGGCCCGACCCGCUGGUGUUCCGGGCCGGGCUCAGGCCCUUGAAAAGGUGAACCGGCCCGGCCGGUCCGGGCCCGGUCCGCUACGAGCCUAUUUAUUUAUUUUUCUUUUUUCUUUUAAAUUUUUUGUAAGUUUUUGGAUUGUGGAUGACAAGUUUAAGAGUGCCGCAAAGGACAAGGAGACAACAGAAAUGGAGAAUGCCAAGGAGGAGGAGGAGGAGUAGGGGUGGACUCGGGCCAGGCGGCCCGCCCCGGAACCGGCCCGGCUCGCUCACUGUUUGAACCGGCCUGAACCGCUGGCCCGGCCAGGGACCGGUCCGGGUAGGCCCGACCCGCUGGGGUUCCGGGCCAGGCUCGGGCCCUUGAAAAGGUGAACCGGCCCGGCCGGUUCGGGCCCGGUCUGGGCCUAUUUAUUUAUUUAUUUAUUUAUUUAUUUAUUUUUUGAUUUUUUUGUAAGUUUUUGGAUUGUGCUGGGUAUUUUGGGCCAUUUGAGGUGGUUUGGGGGUGAGGGGGGAGGGUUGGGGGUUAAUUAGUAAAAGCCAAAAAAAAAAUUUAAGUUGAACCGAAGCCCGACCUGGUCCGAACCGGACCCGGGCCUCCCCUUUCAUGAACCGAGGCCCGACUGGGCCCAGGCCCAAGUCCGAACCGGGCCCGAACCGGCCCGAGUCUACCCCUAAGGAGGAGGAGGAGAAGAAGAAGAAGAUGCUCACUAAAUGAGGAAUUGAUUCUUUUGCCCCCAACACAUCUUUGUAAAAGUCUGCUGUUUCAACAAUCAAACUUUAUUAUCCAUUAUUAGUUUUAUUACUGUCUGUUGUUUGUCUAAGAUGCAUCUCUCUGCUACUAUGGGAGAUACUCCGUAAUUUUUAUUUAUUUAUCUGAGUAUGUGUUAGAUGUUUGAAUAUACCGCAUUUUGGAGUUUAUUUUAUUAUUCAUCUAAUUUUUUUC